AGAGCCAUGAAGACGUCGGGCUUCAGGAGGGAGAAGGGCGAGCUGCCCUGGGGCUCAGCCCCGGGAAGGCGGGCGCGGGCGCCGGGAGUGAGAGUGCGGACCACGCCUCCUCCCAGCCCAGGCGCCACGACCCGGACAGGGGGUUCGACAGGCUCCGCAGAGCUGCCGGCGGGGACCGGACAGAGACAAUGCGGCGGAUCCUUUCGCUGCCGAAGAGUGGCGUGGCUGACAGAGACGAGAAGAACAGACUGUGCAACGAACAGAGUUCUGGUGACUCAUGGCUUUCAAUAGAUGAUGAACUCUUUGAAUAGUACCAAGACUACCUUUGAGAAUGUUCCACAGAAAUAUGAUAGUCGCUUAACUGGAGCUGAUGGUCAAAGAGGAAAAAUUACAAUAAAGGAACAAGAAGAUUCUCUUGAGCAAUAUCAUCACUUGAAGCCUAAGAUUGAAAUGAAAGAGUAUGUUUCGAACCAGGCAGUCGGAAUGAAAGAUGUACAAGCAUGCACAUCAGCUUUUUCAGAUUUGGAUUUUAAUAGUUUGACCUUCAGUAAUGAAAUUCAUGAAAGAUCUGAGAAUUUGAAAGUUGGUGGUCUACGUCCAUUUGUAUCUCCACCAAUGACCAACACUGUGUUGGGAUCCACAGACUUGGGACAGAUGAACUUAAUAGAUCAAGAAAAGAUGACCACUGCAGGUGCGUUUCUAUUUUGGAAUCACACUCUCCGUGACCUGUGUUGAGUUACAGCUACUAGAAAACAAAGAGAGCAAAGAAGGUAAUAAAGAAGCAUGGAGAAUUCAGUCCCAGCGUAGCUGUGCUUGGCUUCAUAAUACCAUAGUUGUGACUUUCAAAGAAUCAUUUUGUGGCAAAGUGUGUAUUGUGUUUACACCCCCCUUAUAUAAGCUAUAACCAAACAGAGGACCUAUCAGCAGGGCAUUUGUGUUCUUUAACCAAAGCAACAUAAAAAUAACAAAGAGAAUGAGAAGGAUGAGUAAUUUUGUUUAGGCUAGUAUUUAACAUAAACUUGAAUGUGAGUCCAAGGAUUACAUGUAGAACUUUGGGACUGGGGGGGAAAUGUAGGCAAGGAUGUAAAGAUUGCCUGCUCAAACACAAUGUGGUUUCUUUGCUUUAUUUUCAUAGCUCUGAAUUUGUAUCAGUUGUAACUACAUAAAAUGUUGCCCCUAAAGCACCUUCCAAACCCCAAAAUUAAGUUAUUUUUAGCAACUUCUGUGACUUUAUGUAGUAUAGAAUU